AUGGCGGACGAGGUCCCCGGAUACAAGGAGAUUCCUGGACACGGCGAGGGCGAUGAGCUUCCCGCGCAACGGCCAAGACGUCAAGAUGGCGAAGUCUGGGAGGAGAACCCCAACGACUGGUACGCACAGCCGCUCAAGUGGUGGAAUCACAGGCACGCCUUUGAGCCCGGGUACUGCAUCGAGACUCGGUUCGGCGGCGACUCGGACUCGGGGAGGUGGUUCAAGGCCAACCACAGGCGUGCGGCACUGGCCGCAAUUCGCAUUAUUGGUUUGGCGUAG